AGUGAAAUUUUAUAAUAAUAUUUGUUUAUAAAAUGAUUUUAACAUUUUGUAACACUACAAUCUUUAUCGAUUAUAAAAUGAUGAAUACAAAUGUUGGUCUCUUAAAUAUAUCAUUGUUGUUAAAGAGUUAACGUAUUACAUCUCUUUUUAAAAAAAUUUAAGACUUCAUAUGCUCACAAGGAAAUUAAAUUUUGCGGCUGACACAAAUCACUAAAACCAAAUAGUCAACAUCGAUUGUAUAAUGACGAAAGGGGGUUAGGUUUUCUUCUCUCGAUUUAUCUACUAUUGACUCUCCAUAAGUGAUUUCAUUUUCUACAUAUAUAGAAUUGUGAUUUCGUUCUCGUCUUUGUUUUAUUGAUAUGAGUUAAAUUUCUAUUUUUAACUUAUUUUAUGAAUUCAGUGAAUUACAUAAGUGUCAAUUAAAAAAAAUGGACAUCUGUAAAAAUUAGUUUCACUCCAUAUACAUAUCUAAGAAUCAAAAUUUCACCGGCAAACUAUAUUAACAGGUUAGUGUUCAAAUUUAAUAUAUCAAGCUGUUAUAGAAUAUAAUUGUAGACUGAAAUAUAAAUGUUUGUCUAGUAUAUAUUUACCAGCUCGGUCUAAAAAUCAUUUAUUAAAACAACAAAAUAAAUUACUUAUUUCACCAAUUCGGGUAAUAUUUGAAUCCGAACGGGUAAUAUCCGAAACCGAAUCGAUAUCCGAAGAUAACCAAACAUAAGUAUACUUAACUCUAUUUUUCUAGUUUAUUUCUUUCAUUUUAUUCAAAAUAUUUAUAUUAAUGAUUCUUAUUACUCAAAAUUAGAUAAUAUACACAUAAUUAUGGACAAAAUCAUUUGUUACUCACUUAAAAUACAUAUCAAGUUUUUGUUUCUUAACAAAAGUUGCAUCUAAAAUUUCAAAAAAAUAACUAAAUUAGUGUCUUUCUAUUUUUAAAGUUUUAUCUCCAAACCUAUUAAUAGUUUAAUCUUUUAAAAAUUAAAAAAAAAACAGUUAAGUUAAAAUAUAUUUUAAAUACAAAAAAUUUAAACAAUGAAUAAUUUAUUUAUUUUUUCUUCAAAAUUUAAAUAUCCAAACCCGACCCAAAAUAUCUGAACCCAAACAUAAAAUACCCGAACCCGACUCAAAGUGUAGAAAUACCUGAAUGUGUUCUAUACCUUUAUACUAAAAUAUUCGAUACAAACCCAAAUGUGUAUCCGAACGCCCACCCUAUAAUAUAUGAUCAUUUGUAUCUUGCUUGAACAAAACAAAAGUUAAACCAUUGAUCACAAAAAUUUUAAUGUGGGACUUUUACCAUUUUUAGUAAUUUAGAGUCGUUUUUUAAAAUUCAAAAUAUAACAUAUAAGAAAAAAAUCGAAUUGUUUUUAUUAUAUGCUUAAUGUGAUUGUUUAAUUUAUUUUAAUAGUAUAAAGUUAAACAAAAAAGAGAGAGGUUAGAAAUUGUUUUUAUUUAAUGAAAUAAAAAAUAUUCCGUAGUUUUUACUUAAGGAAAGAAAAAAUAUUCUUCUGUACACUAUUAGUUAAUUUGAUAGUUAGUUUAAUAAAAAGCUUAGUAUAUGUUUAUAUGGACCAACUUAUUUUUCUAACAAUUCUAAAAAUCAUUCUGGUGAUGACACAUGGCUACAAAACAUGUCGUAAUGUUGCGAGAUUAAUAUACAGGGGAUACUUCUACUUUGCAUGAAGGAAGAACCUUAAAGCUGCCACAAUGACUGACCAAUAAGACGGUAUAAGACAGCAAAUUUCAUGAUUUUGGGAAAUCGUUUUGUUAGGCAUGGUUAUCCCAAUAGCAAAGAAACCAAAAAAAAAUGAAAAAAAAAACAAUAGGAGCAACUUGCCCACUUCUUAGAUAUAAUAAACCUAACAAAAUAAGUUUCUAACUAAGUGUUUAUUAUUAAGAGGGUUAGAACGCUCUCUCUCCAAAAAUAAUAAAACGCUCUCUCCUCUCUCAUCUCUAGGGUUCCGCCGCCUCGCUCCCCUCGAUUCCGGCGGUCGCCAAAGUGUCUCUCAGGCGGCCGCCGGGCUUUGAUUUCAUUUUUCUGUUUCGUCUCCUUGGUCCUCUUUGUUGUCUCUUCCCAUGUCUCUCUCUGCGGUGUCUUGAUGUAUGGUGAAGGUCGCCAGAUCCGGUUCAGAUCCGGUUCAGAUCCGGAGGCGUCUCUGGUUUCUCAGUCAGUUCUCGGAGGUUACCGCACUAGAGGACGGUGUAGGCUCCUUCAAAGCUCUGUUUCUAGUCGUCAGUAGCACCUCUGUCCGGGUUUGGAUUUUGUUGGCCUUGGUAGUGCAUUAGGUUGAGUGGUGGUGUGUGGUGGUUGUAGGGACGCUGGUCCGUGCUAGGCGAGUUCUUCUGUCCAGUGGCGUGGCGGUUGGUCUCUGCUGCAAGGGUUCGGUUCAGCUUCAGAUGUCGCGGAUCUGAAGCUCGGUCUCUCCUCUUCUACAGGUGGUCUCCAGUAGGCGUGCGUGGGCUCUCUAGGAGUCGGUUUCUCUGUCUCCGGUGAGCUCGAGUGGUAACGUGCGAUGGUCGCGGCAGUGCGUGGUGGUGGUAUCUCACGCGCCUCAGAUGAGUUCUUUGCUCUUCCUGUCCUUCUUCAGGGCAGUCUCCGGUGGUUCCGGUUUGUUCUUUGCCGUGUCCUGAGUACUCCACGCUUCACCUCUCUCAAAAUAAGGUAUUGCGACUCUUGGAUGAGCUCGUUUGGUGGUUUGGACCUUGUUCUUGUUGUUGUGCAGCUGUUGGUCUAGCGGACGGCUCUUUCUCUUGCGGUUGCGCUUCUGGAGGGUUAGCCACCUUUCGGUCCGCUAUCUCUAAAUGAGGUUUCGGUUCAAUGGGUGUAAACGGUCACGCUAUCUCUGUGACGACUUGACGAACGACGGCAUCGUCGAUCGGUGGUUCUCUCUCGUGCCGUCGGAGGUUUAGUUGUCGAGUGUUUUGAGUUUGGUUUCGUGCUUGGAUUCUUCGUCCGAGUCUGUUUUCGUUUGAGUGGUCGGAAGCUGCAGGAGCCGUUGUUUCAAGGUUUGAGGGCGCCUUUCUCUCGGUAGCUUGUGGUGCCCGGCUCUCGUACUCAACCAGUCUCGGUUUGUAAGGUUUGAGUUUGACUCAUAGCUAAUCAGCUUCUUUGUCUUUGUCCUGCUAUCUUCGGGUUUGUUUUCGUGCCGUUUAGGAACCGAUGUUUAGUUUUAAUUUCGUCUUCCGCUACUUGUUAUCUUUGUAAUCUCUGUCACAAACUUGAAAAUUGGUAUAAUAAUUUAACAUUUUAUCAAAAAAAAAAGUGUUUAUUAUUACCCUUGUUAAUCCCAAGUACGUAUGCAAAUCAUUGUAGGUAAUCAAUAUAUUUACUUUCUUUAAAGAUAACUUAUAAACCCUUAUAAAUAAUUAACUGGAUUUAUAAAGCUUUAUAAAUUCUAGAGAUUCUGUCCCGGCUACGUCCGGAUUUAUAUAAAAGUGUUGUAUUUAAUACUUAUAUUACAAUAUUAUAUAUUUCUAUAAGAGUAUAAAUAGUAAUUUGAAUUAGGAAUAAAUAAAACUCGCAAUUUAUUAUUUUUAUUAUCUAAAUAUGUAUGGGAUGAUGAAAAUGAACAAAUGUGAAAUGAAUAAAUUUUUUGUUAAACCUUAGUUAUUAUUCAAAAUAUUUUUUCUUACAUGUUUACUUAUUUAGGUUAUUAUGAAAAUAUACUAUUAAUCAAAUUAAGCAAAAUAGAGAUUAAUUUUAUUAUUAUUAUGAAGAAUCAGGGAAAUAAAUAUUGAUUUUAAAUACCGUUAAGCAAAAUGGAGAUUAUUUUUUUGGUAAAAAGAUAAAAUACAGUAAAUAGGAGAUUCCAACUUUUGUUGGAUGAAAUGCAGAAAUGCCAAUUAUAUGAGCGCUCUACCUAUUGAUAUGAGAUUCCAGAUUCCAGAUAAAAAAAAACAGGAGUGCUCUACCUAUUAAUAUGCAGAAAUGUAUAUCAAACAGCUUAUAGUUAUUGGUAAUAUAUUUCUUUGGGAUGUCACAUAAAACAACCAUGCUCAUCCAUCGUUAUGCCAUUCCUCCUACGUUAUGUUUGCUUGCAGAUCGACUACUAAUAAACAGUCUGGUCUCGUAAAUCUAUAAUCUAAUGGGGCUCUUUUGCCUCUCCUGAGGUUGUCCACGUGUCCAUUUAAUAAAUAAUGUGGAGCCUACUUAAUGUCCGGUUAUUUCCAUCGAAUAGGUGUGUAUUUUGGUCCGGUUUAGUUUCUUCAAAUCAGAUUGAAUUUUGGAUGGUCUGAUAUCUGUCUACCGCGUUUCGUUAUCUCUUCCCCUUCCCUGUUCUUCAAAGUUUUUCCUUCAAUUCAUUCCUUUUAAUACGGGCAUAAUUAUAAUUAUUAAUAAAAAAAAACACUUACGAUGUCCCCCCUUCCGUUUCCUUCACUUGAACUCUAUAUAUAUCAGCGAGUUGAGACCAGGCUUGAUCCUCUCAUCCCACUUGCAGUUUAUCAUUUUAUAAAGCUAAGACAGAUUUUUAAAUAUGGCUUCGUCCGGUGUUGUUCUCGCACACUCCGCCUUUGAUGGUCUCCGCCUCGGUAGAUCUGCCCAUACGGGCAUAAUUAUAAUUAUUAAUAAAAAAAAACACUUACGAUGUCCCCCCUUCCGUUUCCUUCACUUGAACUCUAUAUAUAUCAGCGAGUUGAGACCAGGCUUGAUCCUCUCAUCCCACUUGCAGUUUAUCAUUUUAUAAAGCUAAGACAGAUUUUUAAAUAUGGCUUCGUCCGGUGUUGUUCUCGCACACUCCGCCUUUGAUGGUCUCCGCCUCGGUAGAUCUGCCCAGUUCGUAGUUGGUCGUCUCCUCUGUUUCUGGGACUCCAAAAACAUCAAGAAGCAAGGUGAAUUCAUGGGGAUCACCCUCCUCCUCCUUGAUGAGAAGAAUUCUGUCAUUCAUGGAUUCAUUCCUGCUGGGCGCGCCCCUCAUUACCGUCCGUUUCUGCGUGCGGGUUCAGUCGUCAGAAUUUCACGUUUUGAAGUUGCAAGAUGCACAAAUAUGUACAAGAUUACGGACCAUCCUUUCGUCAUCCGGUUCAUCCCUCAAACAACCAUUGAUGAGGUUGUCGAGAAUGCUCCUAUUAUCAACCUACAAAAAUUCAUGCUCCGAAAGUUUGAACCUCUGCAAGCUCUCGCAAACACUAAUUUAGAACUCCCUGAUGUUGUUGGGCAAAUUCAGUCUGUCCAAGGUUCUGACUUGAAGGACGCAACAGUGACGACUCGAGUUGUCGUUCGUUUCGUGAUUGAACCGUAAGUAACCUAAACCGUGCUAAUCUGUAACUUUAUUUCAAAUUUAAAAACGUUCGACGUAAUAAAUUAUAUUAUUUCGCAUAUCUUUAUCGUGAUACCUCAUUUGAAUUCGCAUAUCAGGAGGGUGGUUGUAAUAACCCUCACGAGCCAGUUAAUUUUUGGUCGAGAAAAACUCCGCUCGACCAGUUUGGAGUUGGUCGAUCAGAUUUAAAAAUAAAGUCGACCCGGUGAAUUAAUACCUCGACGGGACUUUCUUGUGGUCGAAAGGCCUCUCAUUGAU